AUGAAAAUUCUCGCUCUCUACGCCAAGGCCAAACAGAUUUUCCCGUUUUUGGAAACAAGUGCGCCUCUUGUGAAGUUUCUUCCGAGGCGCGCAGGCAUUGACGGGGCAGAGUACAGGUACGAGUCUGCAGUGAAAAUCUGCAAAACCAAAAGGAUAGCAGAAGACCCUGCUGAGGAAGACAUUAAAAAAAAAGUGAAAAAGACAAAAAAGUUCGCAUAG